AUGUCCAAGGCAGGUGAAGUUGUUCUUCUGGACUUCUGGGCAAGUCCAUUCUGCCUGAGAGCAAGAGUUGCUCUGGAAGAAAAGGGUGUGGCGUACGAGAGCAGGGAAGAGAACCUGCUUGGAGGAAAAAGUGAUCUUUUGCUCAGCUCUAAUCCCAUUCACAGGAAAGUCCCUGUGUUACUGCACAAUGGCCUGCCUGUGCUGGAGUCUUCAAACAUUGUUGCUUAUGUUGAUGAGGCCUGGCCUUCCAAACCUCUGCUUCCGACCAACCCAUACGAGCGUGCACAAGCUCGUUUUUGGGCUGACUAUAUUGACAAAACGGUAUUUGAGACUGGAAAGGGAAUUUGGUUAAGCAAGGGAGCAGAAGAGCGAGAAGCGGCCGUGAAGAACUUAAUUGAAGUAGUCAAGAAUUUGGAGGGAGCUCUAGGCGACAAAGAUUUCUUUGGUGGUGACGCCUUUGGGUAUGUGGACAUCAUAGCAAUGGGCCCGGCCUCAUGGUUUUAUGCUUACGAGGAAAUUGGGGGAUUCAAACUGGAAGACCACUGUCCCAAAUUCUCAUCUUGGAUGCAGAGAUGCUUGCAAAGGCCCUCUAUUGCCAAAACCUAUCCGGACCCAGAAAAAGUUCACCAGCUUGUUGUCAAAUUAUCCGAGAUCAUGGGGUAA